AUGUCUACCACAACCACGACAACAACGACCACAACUUCCAAAUCUCAAAACAUAGAAAUACCAAGGGGUCCUGUUUCUUCGACAUUAAUCUUCUACGCCCCACCACCAGACAACUCUUCACCAUGGAACUACGUCGAAGAACCUCCUGAAGGCUUCCCCCAGCGAAACUACACCGAACAUCCCUCAGAAGUACACCUCAACGAUAUCCGCGGCCAAGAAUCUAGCUUUCAACUCGAUACUCAAGGCUUCACUACCGCCAGCAACGUUUCCUCUUCAUGCAAAGACUUUACCUCCGACGACAACAUCAAAAACGUUUAUUAUCCAGAAGUCGAGGAGUUGAUUUUAAAGCAUGUACCUGGUGCUAAGAGGGUAUUCUUGUUCGAUCAUACGAUAAGAAGGGCAGAUGUCAAUUCAAGACGGCAACCAGUGCACCGCGCCCAUGUCGACCAGACCGAAAAAUCAGCAAUCCAACGGGUACACCACCACCUGCCUGACGAAGCCUCGACUCUUCUCAAAGACAGAGUCCGCAUCAUAAACAUCUGGCGGCCCCUUAAUGGCCCCGUCGUAUCCUUUCCCCUCGCAGUCGCAGACAGCAGAAGUGUUUCCGAUCAAGCUGUAGUAGGCAUCGAACAUCGAUAUCCCGAUCGAGUAGGCGAAACGGCAGGCAUUCUGGCCCAAGAAAACCAGAAAUGGUGGUAUUGGAGUGGGAUGAUGAAUGAUGAGAGGUUGUUCUUGCAGUGUUUUGAUAGUCAAGGCACAAAGGCCAGGACGCCGCAUACUGCUUUUAGUGAUCCGAGGACUAAGGAAGGCUGGCCGGCGAGGGAGAGUAUUGAGGUUAGGGCUUUGGUGUUUGGCUGA